AUAAGCCUUUGCGGCGGUCUGAAAAACGCGAACUAGCUGCAAUGCUAACUGCUAUGCUAAUCGGCUUCUCCAGGCAGGUGACAGUCAGCCGUCAGCCCCGUCAAAGGCAGCCCGAGGCAGACAUACACAAGCACGAGGAAGCACCAUUGACAGCUAAAGAAGACUCUCAGAUGUGAUGUCAUUGUGGCGGCUGUCAUCAAGCAAAAAGAUCUGCCUAUGCUGCUGUCGUCCUGAUUUUCUGGAUCUACUAUUUGGGAGUGUACUUUUUAUUUUCUUGGAUAAUCAUGGAACUGGAAGGAGCAUAACAGGACAACAUUGAAAAAUCACUCGAUGCUGUUAGAGUGAGGACUAAACCAAAAAAAAAAAUGCAGGCCCACUGAGAGGCACCGCGUGCUACAGGGACACCAAGCUUCCUGUCUGGGCGGUGCUUGUUUGCUCUUUUCCUGUUUUCUCAUAGUUUUGGAGGAUUGAGCACAAGGGCUACUUUGAAGCAGCACACCGGUGUCUGUAGCCUGGCCGAAGCCCACAGACCGCUUGCCAGCUCACUUAAUUCACGUCAUUUGGUGCCACUGCUCACUGAAGUGUGGUCACCAGUGCCAUGAAUGGGGGCUGGAGGACGCACCCGUGAGGAACUGAACCCUUGCAAUUGACAACACUGAUCACAUUUCUAAUACUUUGCUCAGUGAAGAGUUGUUUUCAAUUUUGAGCUCUGUUUUUCAUUGUGUUGGGGAAAUAAGAGACCGGACCUACUUUUACAAACUGGACAGAAGCUUCAGGAUGAAGCUAAGGAAACAGGUGACAGUGUGUGGCGGGGCCAUCUUUUGUGUGGCUGUAUUCUCACUUUAUCUCAUGUUGGACCGUGUCCAGCAUGAACCUGCUAGGCGACAAAACGGUGGAAAUUUUCCAAGGAGCCAAAUUUCUGUCCUGCAGAAUCGGAUAGAACAGCUGGAGCAGCUCCUUGAAGAAAACCACCAAAUCAUCAGCCACAUAAAAGACUCUGUCAUGGAGCUCACAGACACAGGAGCUGUGUCUCCCAGCGGCCAUCUGCCCUUCAGAAGUGCCAAUGGCUCCUGGGUCCUUCCCUUUGACGGCCACCCUACUUUUCUUGCUGUAAAGCCCCAGGACUGCCAGUUCGCUGCAGGCAGCCAAAGUCAGGCAGAUGUUCAGAUGUUGGAUGUAAACUCCCUGCUAAAGUUUGACAACCCCGAUGGUGGUGUGUGGAAACAGGGCUUUGACAUCACUUAUGAUGCUGAUGAGUGGGACAAAGAACCCUUGCAAGUGUUUGUGGUUCCACACUCACACAAUGAUCCAGGUUGGGUUAAAACUUUUGACAAGUACUUCACAGACCAGACACAGCAGAUAUUAAACAACAUGGUGGUAAAGCUUGCUGAGGAUCCUCGCAGGAAGUUCAUCUGGUCAGAGAUUUCCUUCUUCGCAAAGUGGUGGGAGAGCGCGGACGCACAAAAGCAGGAGGCUGCGCGCAAGUUGAUCCUCGGAGGACAGCUAGAGAUUGUGACAGGAGGCUGGGUGAUGACUGAUGAAGCCAAUGUUCACUACUUCGCCAUGAUAGACCAACUCAUUGAGGGACACCAGUGGCUUGAAAGAAACCUAGGUACAACUCCACGCAGUGGGUGGGCAAUAGAUCCUUUUGGUCACAGCUCCACUAUGGCCUAUGUGUUGAAAAAGGCCAACCUGACAAGUAUGCUCAUACAGAGGGUCCACUACUCAGUCAAAAAGCAUUUUGCUGCCACUCGCAAUCUGGAGUUUAUGUGGCGGCAGAACUGGGACACUGGAUCCAGUUCAGACAUAUUUUGCCACAUGAUGCCCUUCUACAGCUAUGACGUCCCUCAUACCUGCGGGCCUGACCCAAAGAUCUGCUGCCAGUUUGACUUCAAGAGGCUACCAGGAGGACGGAUCAAUUGUCCAUGGAAAAUCCCACCUAAAGCUGUGGUGGAAGCAAAUUUAGCAGAACGGGCACAACUAAUCCUCGAUCAAUAUCGGAAAAAGUCCAAACUUUUCCGAAGCAAGGUGCUUCUCAUCCCCCUGGGGGAUGACUUCCGCUACGACAAGGCCUUGGAGUGGGACCAGCAGUACACCAACUAUCAAAACCUCUUUGACUACAUGAAUUCUCACACUGAGAUGCACGUCAAGGCUCAGUUUGGUACUCUCACAGACUACUUUAGUGCGCUCUACAAAUCAUAUGGGUUGGCGCAUGGAUCACGACCUGCAGACUUCCCAGUGCUUAGUGGAGAUUUCUUUGCCUAUGCGGACCGUGAAGACCAUUACUGGACUGGCUAUUUUACAUCCCGCCCCUUUUAUAAGAGUUUGGACCGUGUUAUUGAGUCCCACCUCAGGGGUGCAGAGAUCCUUUACAGCUUGGCGGUUGCCAAUGCUCGCCACAUGUCCAUGGAGGGACGCUACCCAGUCUCGGAUUACGCUCUGCUUGUGGAUGCCAGGCGUUCUGUGGGGCUCUUCCAGCAUCAUGAUGCCAUCACUGGCACUGCGAAGGAGAAUGUUGUCAUUGACUAUGGCACUAGAUUGCUGCGGUCACUCAUUGGCCUGAAAAGAGUAAUCAUCAAUGCUGCUCAUUUCCUGGUAAUGAAGAACAAAGAGUUUUAUCGCUUCUACCAGACAGAGCCUUUCCUGGAGACGGAUGAUAGACGCGCUACUCAAGACUCUUUACCAGAGCGCACUUUAAUCGAGCUGGACCCAGCAGGGCCAAGGUACCUGGUGCUGUUCAACCCAUUCGAGCAAGAGCGACUGUGUGCUGUGACCGUGUUGGUCAACACAGUCAAGGUGAGGGUCCUCACUGAAGACGGACAGACUGUGCCUGUGCAGUUGAGCGCUCAAUGGAGCUCAGCGAGUCAAAUGAGUGGAGAGGUGUUUGAGGUUACAUUCAUGGUGCGCCUGCCUCCACUGGGUCUCGCCAUCUUCCACCUCUACAAUUCUCCAGACUCACCAAUGACACUGUUCUCUGACACCUUGCUUCGGCUGCCGGGUAACUCACUGCCACCCCACGCCUCAGAUCCACUUCCUGUUCGGUCUCAGCAGACUGACACUAAGACCUUCUACGUCAGCAGCCAGUUUCUGACCCUGGGCUUCUCCGGCACCACGGGUCUGCUGGAGAGUAUCAAACGGAAAGAUGAUCCUGAGAAAGUGAAGGUGGAGAUGCAUUUCUUGGUGUACGGAACUCGCAUCUCCAAGGACAAAAGUGGUGCUUAUCUGUUCCUCCCUGAUAAAAAAGCAACGCCAUACGAGUACAAGGAACCGCCCGCAGUGCGUGUAGUUGAGGGACCUCUUUUCUCUGAAGUGGUGGCAUACUACCAACAUUUUCAGCAGACUAUUCGCAUCCACAAUGUGCCAGGUGUGGAUGGCCUGUCUGUGGACAUCACCACCUCGGUGGACAUCAGAGAUCAGGCAAAUAAGGAGUUGGCCAUGCGACUGGUCACCAACAUACAGAAUGGAGACGUCUUCUACACAGACCUCAAUGGCUUCCAGAUGCAGCUUCGUCAGCGACACCUGAAGCUCCCGUUACAGGCCAACUUCUACCCAAUGCCAAGUCAGGCGUACAUCCAGGACAGCAAUCACAGACUGACGCUGCACACUGCUCAGUCUCUGGGUGUCAGCAGCCUGAGAAAUGGCGAACUCGAAGUUAUUUUGGACCGCCGACUGAUGCAGGAUGAUAAUCGUGGGCUGGGUCAAGGCGUUAAGGACAACAAGAGGACCGUCAACCGCUUCCGACUGCUUCUAGAAAGGAGAUCCACAGGCAACAAGAUGACAGAUAGCGCCACCACAAGCUUCCCCUCUGUGCUCAGUCACAUGACCAACAGCAUCCUGAAUCACAACGUUUUGGCACUGCCUGUCCUGCCCAAACGGCGCGGCAUCCCCCCCCUCCAAACCUUUGCACCGCUCAAGUCCAGCCUUCCCUGCGACUUCCACCUGCUCAACCUGCGCAGCAUCCAAAGCCAACAGGACCCCAACGCUCCGUCACCAUAUGCAGCUUUAAUUCUUCACCGUUUGGGUUUUGACUGUGGAUUGGACGCGCCAAACUUGGGCUUCAACUGCACCACCACCCAAGGACAGCUAAACAUUUCCAGCCUCUUUAAGGAUGUGGAACUGCAGCUUCUCCAGCCUACAUCUUUGACCUUUAUGUAUUCAAGUCCUCCAUUGGCCAACCAUUCCAUAGUCAGUCUGAAUCCGAUGGACAUCUCUGCCUUCAAGCUCAAAUUGCGCUAAGCUGCCCGAAUCCAACGGGCUAAGACUCUUCAGGCCCAGAACUGGACCUCCACUGGCUGCAGACUGUGACAGAGGGUCGGGGCUUUGUCAAACCCAUUAUGCAGAACCACAGGCGAGUCGGAGAACGUUGGUCCAUUGCGACGCGGGAGAGAUUGCUGUUUUGAACCACAGGAAAUUGAACAUCUGACUGAGUUCUGCUAUGUAAGAAUGUUUUCUAUCCUGAGACUGAACUACUGAAUGUAAAUAUUCUGAUGAUGUGCGACUGGAAGGAUGGGAUCGAGGAUUCAUCACGACACAGUGCAAUUGACAAAGCUUGUUCUUCUUUCAGGUUUAUUGUUUUUAAAUGGUCUAUGUGCACAAUCAUUUUAGUUUCCAUAUAUUUUCAAUUUAAUGUCACUUUUCUUUUCUUUUUUUUUUGUCUCAAUGCAGCAAAGAGAUUGUGUGAUGUGGACAUUUGGAAACACAGGUGGUCUCAUUUCACUGCCGCCACAAUGUGAUCAUGACUCAUGAAAGCUCCAUAGUCACUGUCACUGUUUAGCUUCUUUACGCUCAUCAUCAUCAGUCGUCUCUGGAGAACAUUUGUCUUCAUUCUCAUGUCACGUUACUACAUAUUUUGUUGUGCUGAACACAUUUCAUGCACCUGGCUUGUGCAAAAUUCACAAAUACGGAAUUUCAAUUAAAUUAAUUUCAAUUGAAAUAGCUCCACCCUACAGAAUGUUUAAUUGGAAUGACAGGAAUUAUAAUUAAAUUAAUUGCGUAUCAGAUGAAGUCAUUAAAGGCAAGUAAAAGAAAACAGUUGUCACAUUAGUUUUGACCUAAAUACUUUACAACUAAAUAAUUUACAAACACUCAAAAUAAAUGUUUUUUUUUUUAAUAAUUGCAUUCUGGUAAAUUAAGUAUUUUUACACCAUUUUCCAUAAUUUCAAGGUAACAAUAGUAACAAUGUAUUUUCAUUUUAUACCCACAUUAUUAAGUGUUGGCAUUCUAGCAAGAUAGCGCCAAGUGACUUUUUAGUUUCUUACCUACAUUUGGUAACAUGCUAACUUUUGGCAUGCCAGCGAGUAACAAAAAUGGCAGCACUAAGGACAGAAAGUGUAAAUGUCCUUAAUGAGUUGAGCCUUUUGACUUCAUAACAGUGUGAAUCGGUCAAGAAAUGUAGGAGUAGUUAAUUCUGGAAUACAACAAAAUGAUCUAUUGGAAUUUCAAUUUUGCGUCCUUUGAUUGUAAUUUGUCAAUCUAAAUUCAAUUAUUCUUCCUGUUUGCAACCCAAAUUGAAAUUGAUGGAAUUGGAAUUUGGGAGAUAUUCUCAAUUUAAUGUGGACUUUUGCAUAAGUCCAGUGUGCUCAGCUGACGCUAUACACCACAAAAAUGUGCAGAAGUCACAGGCCACCACCUUAUGUUGUUUUAAUGAUCUUUUUCACAGCGUUCAUGUCAAUACAGUAAAAUAUAAUUUUGCAGCAAAUAACACAUGUAAGGGUGACCUAAAGCUUUUGCACAAUCCCGAUACAUACGCAACUCACAGAAAGUUGGGGGUUAAUGGGUGAAAUGUAACAUUUACAUGCAAAUUUAACAAUGAACACUAGGUUCAUCCUGAAAUGUUUAGUGACUUAGUGCAGAGUGAGCAAAUGCUGUAAAGUGGGAAUGCAAGUUAGUCUUCGGUUGUGGGAAGUUCCUAUAUUCAAAUCACUGAUCGAGUUCACAGCCGCAAUGAGAUUAUUCAAUUCCAGUGCUCCAUCAGUGACAUUCCAGCAAGUCUUGCAACCAUGAGGAAACCUUUUUAUGCACUUAAUGUGUCUGCUGUUUUUCUAGAAGUUUAAAUUGAUGUUUUUGAUUUGAAUGUGAUUUGUUGUUGCAAAGUACAUUCUCGGCACACACGAGCUGCAGCAGCCUAAUAAGCAUAAAAUGUGUGUGGAGUGACCACUUACAACUAAAUUCAAUCUCCACAGAUAUUUCUGCACAAUGCAUGACUGCCUUCAAUGGGACUGUGAACACUGUCACCCUUAAAAAAAUAUCAUUACUUAACAUGACCAAAUUGCUGGGUUCCCUCUGGAGGUCUUGUCACACAUGAACAUGUUCUGCCCUGGCUUCCAUUAGCACUUCAUUGAUUGUCACUUCCGUCCUUUUCCAUCAUCUUUUUUCAUCGUGCGUCUCGUCUGUCUGUAAAACUGUCCUUCAUAAAAACGAGGGUGAAAAGGAGCUGUGGUAAGGUAAUAAAAAGGAGGCAAUUAAGCUAUCUUCUGUAUUCCAUUGUGUAUAAAAUGCAAAGGAAGAUAAUAAAGAUGAAUAACUGAU